CUAUCGAUGUUAGGAAAGGGAUUUUACUUAUUUUAGUAGAGAAUUUAAUAGUGUUUUCCUAUUGUUUCCUCAACUGUAUGCCAAUUGUUUCCAAUGUGCUUUCCAAUUGCUUUACAAUGGUUUGCCCCUUGCAGCAAUUAAUAAUACGGAAAUCUGUGAAUUAAUGACGCUUCGGUGAAAAGCACUUUCCUAUGAUGGCCAAAAUACGCUGUUUUGCAAAAAUAAUUAUCGCACUCACAUUUGUGUAUGUUUUGAAGUUUGACUCGGUUUUGGGCUACCCAUUUUACAAGUUGAAUCAGGAGCGAAUCGAAGUUGUUUUUCAAAAUGCAACUUCCUUGAAAGUAACCUACGCUGAGAUUCAUAAAAUCAACAAAACACUGACUGGCCUCAACUUUGCCGUGCAAAUCGAUGAUGUCUCCCGAGCAAAUGAAUACUGGCUACGACUUGAUGGGUAUGAGAGACUUGGAAUGGAGUAUAUUUACAAGAAGAGCGCUUUUUCAUAUGAAAUGCAGUUUUGUAGAUUAUUAUCCGGGGACAUUCUUCGCUUCAACAAAGCCUUGAACAAAUUCGGUUAUAUUAUGGAGUCUUGUGCAGCAGCUAAGAACGACACUUAUUAUGUCAAAGAUUUCUUCUUCGACGAGAGGACUCCGUUGCCACCCGAGGUUCCUGGAACCCAUUGGAGAUUUGAUUUGAAAUUCUACUCCAAGAAGGAUCACGGCAUGGUUUUUAUGCAAUAUUAUGUAUCUGUUGAGAGAAAACAUUUGUUUUCCAAGCCUAAAACCUAGAAGUAUCAUACUUUUUGUAGUUGCUAUGAUAUUUUAUAGUGUUUGUUGUUAUCG